GCAGCUCUAAAGAAAUCGCGUGCCCGAGGUUCCUUUUUCUUCCAUCUCUGAAUGCCCAUAUCGCCUCUCUUACUAUAUAUCCUCAGAUUUUCUGAUUCGGUUUUGCGAAGAAGAUGGGAAGCGGUGGGGGUCUCUGAUCGCCGGAGGAGGAUUGGAAGCCGGAAGUCCAAGGGAUCUAUGACAGAUUUUGAAACGGUGGACGCUAUGGAUCUCGAGAAGCAUGAUAUUUCCGAGGACCUCAAGGCGGUUUCCUGCUCGAUCUGCAUCGAUCUUGUUCUCGAUCGGGGAGAGCGAUCGAUUGCAAGGCUCCAAUGCGGCCACGAAUUUCACUUAGAUUGCAUUGGCUCAGCAUUUAAUGCAAAAGGUGUGAUGCAGUGUCCAAACUGUAGGAAAGUGGAGAAAGGCCGCUGGUUAUAUUCAAAUGGACAUCGUUUAUCAUCUGAUUUUGAUCUUGACGGGUGGAUCACUGAAGAUAUUUAUGAUUUAACUUAUUCUGAGCUGCCUCUUGGAUAUCAAUGGUGUCCUUUUGGCGGAUUUACUCAACUGGCUUCAUUAUUUGAGGAGAUGGAGUCACAGCCAAGUUCAUAUCACGAGUCUUUGGGCAGUAGCUCAUUUGGGGACCACUCAAGCGCUUCUGGUAGCUCCCAUGUUUGCCCUUACCAGGCUCUGCAUGGUUUUGCUCACCACCCGAUGCAUACCGCUCCUUUGAGUUCUUCUGAUUCUGUUCUUGAAAAUUCUCAUUUCCACCGGCAUCCAACUGGUCUGGGAGGACAACCACAAGCUGAAAUGCUCAACCCUCAUAGUUUUUCUUCAACGGAUCCCCCAAAUCACAACUGGCAGCAUCAGCCACCCCCACUUCCAGUUCCAUUGGCCACUAAUUCUGAGCCGCCUACAUCCCAAUAUGGUCUACGGCUACCGAGGAAUGAUACGAACAACCCGCAAAGACUCGGAUCUUUUGUGCAUGCCCAUCCCCUUCCACAUGGGUCAAUUUCAACGCGGAGUGGGAGUAAUCUAGUAGCUGGAUCCAUGGCACCACCUGUACUGGGGGAGGUAAGGACCCAUGCUAGAGGCAAUGGAAGUCAUAUCUAUCAGCAAUCAGUAUCUUCCUCGCCGCCCCCACACAGUUCCCCUUUUCCCCCAAUCAGGAGGCCAAGGCCAAGGGGAGUAACUCUAAUCUCAACCUCAACCUCAACCUCUACAGACAUAGGUGGUUUCUAUGGUUUCUCUGUCUCAACCUCCGCAAACCGGAGUUUCCAAGACUCUGGUAGGCAUUUUGAUUGGUACUAUGGAUGGGGGAGAGAAGGGUUCGCCCCACUCCCAUGGAUCCCACUCGAUGGGGAAUCGCGGUGGUGGGGUCCCUUCAACCCAAACCAGCCUCCUCAGUCCGGAAGCUUUCUUCAAAGAGGAGGCACCACCAAUGAUCGAGUUGCUCAGAGCCGAUCGGAAAAUGGUUAUAACCAUCAGCGGAUGCCACCGCCUACCCGUAUGCCGCCGCCGCCACCAUACAUGUGAUCCUUAAUGUCUCUUUGUUCUUUUCCUGUGAAUAUCCCAUAAAUUUGCAUUAAACUGCUUGGUUUUCACAUAAGGCAACAAACUAUGGCAGUUUCUGCUUGGUAUUUGUGGGACAAUGGUAUAUGGCCUGAGUGAUGUUCAAGGUUUUCAUAUAUAUAUAUACUGAUAUGAGGCCCUUAUUUCCUGCAAUGGGCUGUGAAAUGAUCUUGGGCAGGUUUGUUCUUAUCUCGUCAGAAACAAAAAGUUGGAUGCAAGAGCCAGCCAGCUUGUUGCUUAUUGUACUGAUUUUUAAUGAGCUUUAUUUCAAUGGUAUGUGCUGCCAUACUGCGUUUCUACUUGAUGUGUUAAUCAGAAUAUACAUUCAAGUGAGUUCUUAAUCAUUUUGAAAAUUUUUAGC